AUUCGGGUAACGUCAACCACAUCAAAAGGCCCAUGAACGCCUUCAUGGUCUGGUCGAGGGGACAAAGGAGGAAAAUGUCUCAGGACAAUCCCAAGAUGCACAAUAGUGAAAUUUCUAAAAGAUUGGGUGCAGAAUGGAAACUUUUAACAGAAUCCCAAAAAAGGCCUUUUAUAGACGAAGCAAAAAGACUAAGAGCUUUGCACAUGAAAGAACACCCCGACUACAAAUACAGACCCCGAAGAAAACCCAAAACGGUCCAGGGACAAACUUCAACAAAUUUACCAAACCAGGGAACACCACAUACCACUGGGCAACCAUACCACAAGGUACAACCUGGUCACCAAUUGAUGAUGCCAACCCAAGGAUCAGUUCCAAACAAAGAUAAUAUGUUUAAUACUGCUUCUACAGUUUUUACCAAUACAAAUUCCAGGGCUGUAUUGGGAACUCCUGGACCUUUAAAUUUUUCUGGUAGACAGGAUGUCAAUAGGGUGCCGACUUGGUACGGAAACCAAGGUAAGGGAUGA